AUGACCUCCAGCAUUGACCUGGAUGACAGUAAAUUUGGGUUGAUGGAAGAAGAUGAAAAGGACAAAGCAAAACGUGAGUCAAGGAAUCAAUCAGAAAAAAAACGCAGAGACCAGUUCAAUGUCCUCAUCAAGGAGCUGGGCACCAUGCUGCCAGGGAACAGCCGCAAGAUUGAUAAGUCGACAAUUUUACAGAAGAGUAUCGACUUUCUGCACAAACACAAAGAGAGUGCGUCACAGUCCGAAUCUACGGAGAUCAGACAGGACUGGAAGCCUAUGUUUCUUAGUAAUGAAGAGUUCACUCAGCUGAUGUUAGAGGCCUUAGAUGGAUUUUUCCUGGCAAUCAUGACCGAUGGGAAUAUUAUCUAUGUUUCUGAAAGUGUGUCAUCUCUACUAGAGCAUUUACCUUCUGAUCUUGUGGAUCAGAACUUAUUGAACUUCCUGCCUGCUGGUGAGCAUUCAGAAGUGUACAAGGCUCUGUCUUCUCACAUCAUGGAAGAAGAGGUGCUGACACCAGAGUACAUGAAAUCAACAAAUCAGUUAGAGUUUUGUUGCCACAUGCUCCGAGGGACCAUCGACCCCAAAGAGCCUCCUGUGUACGAAUAUGUCAAGUUUAUUGGAAACUUCAAGUCUCUAAAUAAUGUGCCUAACUGUAAGCGUAACAGUUUUGAUGGUGUGGUCCAGCGAUCUCUCCACUCCGCUUUUCAAGACACAGUCUGUUUUGUUGCAACUGUGAGGUUAGCAAAACCACAAUUUAUCAAGGAAAUGUGCACUGUAGAAGAACCCAAUGAGGAGUUUACUUCCAGACACAGUCUGGAGUGGAAAUUUCUGUUUUUGGACCACAGGGCUCCACCUAUCAUUGGGUACCUGCCUUUUGAGGUGCUUGGCACUUCAGGGUAUGACUACUAUCAUGUAGAUGACCUGGAGACACUGGCCAAGUGCCAUGAACACUUGAUGCAGUAUGGGAAGGGAAAAUCCUGUUACUACAGGUUCCUGACUAAAGGGCAGCAGUGGAUUUGGCUCCAGACACACUAUUAUAUCACAUACCAUCAGUGGAACUCCAGACCAGAGUUUAUUGUCUGCACACACACUGUGGUGAGUUACGCUGAAGUCCGUGCAGAGCAUCGCCGGGAUAUGGGAAUAGAAGAAUCUCUACCUGAAAUCACGGCUGACAAGUCUCAACAUUCCGGCUCAGAGUCACAAAUCAAUUCGACGAGUCUUAAAGAAGCUUUGGAGCGGUUUGAACGCAGCAGAACGCCCUCUGCCUCAUCCAGAAGCUCCAGGAAGUCCUCGCACACGGCUCUCUCGGACGCCACCACUGGUCAGAUGAAGGCGCAGGGCGAGCGUGGCACUCCGGGUUGCCAGUCCGUCUCUGCCGUGGAGAUGGCAUCACAGCACAGAUCGUCUGUCAGCAGCCAGCAGUCCAUGACUUCACAGAACACAGGGCAGAAUUUGGGGACAACGAUGGUUCCAAUGCAACCACUACAACCACAACUCCAACAGGUCCAAACCAAUGUACAGGGUGGAGGCGCGCAGGACUUACUUUUGCAGCCGGGCAGAGUGAGUAUGAGGAGUGCAGCAGUGGUGAUGCUGAGCAGAGCGGGACUCAUGGCGCAGAGUUACUAUCCCACGUCAGAGAAAUAUGAAGGCGCUUGUCACACCCUCCUCGCAUGGACCCCUUGGACUGCGUCAGAGCUUGGCGCGUAA